GGCGUCCGAGCCGCAGCGGACGCAGGCCGGAACUCGGCGUGUGGACUUCGGCCCGCCUUGGGCCGGAAGUGGGGAAGGCGGGAUUGUCCUUUUCCGGCAGAAAGUAGGAGGAACCGGGGGCGUCGCCGUGGGGAAGAGUGUUGGUGUAACACUGCCGGCUGCGCCGAGGGGUAGGAUGGAGGCGGGUGUCGGUGUAGUGGCGCUCGGAAGGGACGGAUAUCGCUGUGGCACUGCGGAGACGCUCUGAGGGGACUGGUGUCGGUGUGGCACCGGUGCACGCUGAAGGAGCUGGCGGAACCGGGUGGCCAUGGGGAUGUGGGCGUCGCUGGACGCGAUGUGGGAGAUGCCGGCCGAGAAGCGUAUUUUCGGGGCCGUGCUGCUCUUCUCCUGGACAGUGUAUCUUUGGGAGACCUUCCUAGCGCAGCGACAGAGACGGAUAUAUAAAACAACAACUCAUGUACCACUGGAGUUAGGACAGAUCAUGGAUUCAGAAACCUUUGAGAAAUCCCGACUGUAUCAGCUGGAUAAAAGUACUUUCAGCUUCUGGUCAGGACUCUAUUCAGAGAUUGAAGGCACUCUUAUUCUUCUUUUUGGAGGAAUUCCUUAUCUCUGGAGACUUUCUGGACGGUUCUGUGGCUAUGCUGGCUUUGGACCAGAAUAUGAGAUCACUCAGUCCUUGGUGUUUCUCCUGUUGGCUACGCUUUUCAGUGCAUUGACUGGUUUGCCAUGGAGUCUUUAUAAUACUUUUGUGAUAGAAGAAAAACAUGGUUUCAAUCAACAGACUUUGGGCUUCUUCAUGAAAGAUGCAGUCAAGAAAUUUAUCGUGACUCAGUGCAUUUUAUUGCCUGUGUCUUCACUUCUACUUUAUAUUAUUAAAAUUGGGGGAGACUAUUUUUUUAUAUAUGCCUGGCUGUUCACAUUAGUUGUUUCUCUGGUGCUUGUCACAAUCUAUGCUGAUUAUAUUGCCCCUUUAUUUGACAAGUUCACACCUCUGCCUGAGGGAAAGCUUAAACAAGAAAUUGAAGUAAUGGCAAAGAGUAUUGACUUUCCUUUGACUAAGGUGUAUGUUGUUGAAGGAUCUAAACGCUCUUCCCACAGCAAUGCUUAUUUUUAUGGCUUCUUCAAGAACAAGCGCAUAGUUUUGUUUGACACUCUACUAGAAGAGUAUUCUGUACUAAACAAAGCCAUCCUGGAGGAGUCUGGCAUGGAAGCCCGCAAAGAUGGAGAAGGGGACAGUGAAGAAGUAAAAGCUAACGUUAAAAAUAAGAAACAAGGAUGUAAAAAUGAGGAAGUGCUUGCUGUACUGGGCCAUGAACUGGGACACUGGAAGUUGGGACACACAGUCAAAAAUAUCAUUAUCAGCCAGAUGAAUUCCUUCCUGUGUUUCUUCUUGUUUGCUGUAUUAAUUGGUCGAAAGGAGCUUUUUUCUGCAUUUGGUUUCUAUAACAGCCAACCCACUCUAAUUGGAUUAUUGAUCAUCUUCCAAUUUAUUUUUUCACCUUACAAUGAGGUUCUUUCUUUCUGCCUAACAGUCCUAAGCCGCAGAUUUGAGUUUCAAGCCGAUGCGUUUGCCAAGAAACUUGGAAAAGCUAAAGACUUAUAUUCUGCUUUAAUCAAACUAAACAAAGAUAACUUGGGAUUCCCUGUUUCGGACUGGCUGUUUUCAAUGUGGCAUUAUUCUCACCCUCCACUACUGGAGAGGCUUCAAGCUUUGGAAAGUUCAAAACAAGACUGAGGUGCCCAGGGUCUGCGACUGAAGACAUUUCUGAUUAUUUCUGUCCUGGCAGCAUGUUCCAGCUCUUGAUGUUUUUAAACCUUUUUUUUUUUUUUUUUUUUUUUUUUUUUAAGAAAAAUUAUUAAGUACAGAAAAACCCAGAUUUAAAUACAUUUAAUAUCUCAUUUCAAAAAUGAUUUUAAUAAUCCAUUUCUUAAAACACUGGAAGAAAUUUUGAGGCUUAAUGUUUUUAAAAGCAUGGUUUUAUCUCUAGCAUCUAAUUUUACCAUCAACUUUUAAAAUUAUUUGAGAAAAUACAGAACUUGUUUUAUUUACACACUUAUAUGGAACCUGCAUAUAAGGUGUUUAGGGGCCUGUGUUUAAAAGAGGAACACCACCCAGAGUUUUGUCUGUGAGGGAGUGAGACAGUGGUCCCAAAUCACUGUGCUCGAACCUGAGUUGAGAUUUGUUUUUACUUCCAUGUUCUUGUGAUCUAACCUGGUGAAUCAGUGUUUUACCUAAGGAAGAAAGGUAAUAAUUGGUAAGGCUGAUGUGAUUUAAAUGAAACCAAUUAGAAAUAUGUUCUGUUCUACCAAAUGUCUCUGUUCCCUCUCUUGCAUCACACCGAUCAGGAGCUUCUAAAUAGUGCUUUGAAAUUAGAAAUUAUGUUUAGAAGGUUUUAAAUCACUGGGUUUUGUUUUUGUUUUUAGGAAAAUCUCCGUCUUUAUCUUUCUUUCUACCUGGUGGAUAUGAUCUCAUUAUGGCGUAAACUAGUAUUUUUCAGAACAUUUCAGCUUUUUCCUCAUUUAUACUCUGAUUCAAUAAACAGUACAUCCUUUCACUUAGCAGCAAUCGCCAUAUUGAAAAGGUUUUGCUAUUUUUAAAGUGGCAGAAUGUGGAAAGAAGAACAAAAGGACAUUUUAAGAGACAUAGGGUGAAAUACUGAUGGUUCUCUUAUGGUAUUUCAGGAAAAAAAUAUAGUUUUAUAUCUCUUUCAAGAACAGAAGAGUUUCAGUUUUUAUUUUUGUAAUUUUUAUCGGGAAGUCGUAAGUACUAAUCAGGCCUGAUUCCAUUUUUGAAAAUUACAGUUCUUGAUGUGCAGCUAAUUUUUAUUUUCAAAACAAAUGUCACGAAAGAUUACUUUUCCAGUUUUCAAAGCUGUGUGUUUGACUGCUUCGAAUCUCUGUCCAUUUUCUGAAUGAGAGCUUACUUUGUGCCUGGAGCUCGCACCCUCUGGUAAUGUUUCCUUUCUGGGCAUUCAUCCCAAAGCGGAUCAGCUGUGCACCUUUGGUAUCUGGCCAGAAAGUCUUUUACUCAGCUGAUAUUUGGGUACUGCCUUUACAUGGAAAUAUAAUAAAAAUAAAGCUAGUUUAGUACUGCAUUAUUUAUUUUCCUAAGGCUAAAGAGGAGCAGUCUGAUGAUUUUAUCCAGCACCCUUUAUCUGUGAAUUCACGCUGUGAUAACUGCCUUUCCUUCCUUCUGUGCCUUUGAAUAUAAAUUUCAGUUCUGCACAAGUGAAACAUUAAAAAUUGCCAAUGCGGA